AUGGACUUUGCCCACAUUUCGAAUUCAUCUUUUUCAUCCUUCAGUUCGCCCGAGAACCUUCAUGAAGAACAUGAGCAGUACGACAAUGUGCUCAUGCCCAGCAUCUUUGGUGUCAUCUGCUUCUUUGGGAUCUUUGGAAACUGUAUCGUCAUCUACACCAUCGUGAAGAAAACCAAACUCUGCUCCCAGCAAACGGUGCCAGACAUAUUCAUCUUCAGCUUGUCCAUCGCGGACCUCCUCUUCCUCCUCGGCAUGCCUUUCCUCAUCCACCAGCUGGUGGGCAAUGGCUCCUGGUGCUUCGGUGGCACAAUGUGCACUGUCAUCACGGCGCUCGAUUCCAACAGCCAGAUUGUCAGUACUUACAUCCUGACUGUGAUGACUCUGGACCGCUACCUGGCCACCGUCCAUCCCAUCCGCUUCAAACAUGUUCGAACCCCCUUCGUGGCCGGGGCGGCGGUGGCCCUGGUGUGGGUCUUCUCUCUGGUCUCCAUCACUCCAGUCUGGAUGUACACUGGACUCAUGCGUCUGAAGGAUGGCUCUGUUGGCUGCGCCCUCCUGCUGCCCAACCCGGCCACGGACAUGUACUGGUUCACCCUCUACCAGUUCUUCCUGGCCUUUGCUCUGCCCUGGGUGGUCAUCUGCGGGGUCUUCUUCAAGAUUCUCCAAAACAUGUCAGCUGCAGUGGCUCCACUUCCCCCUCGCAGCCAGAGGGUGCGGACCAGAAAGGUGACCCGCAUGGCUGUGGCCAUCUGCCUGGCAUUCUUCAUUUGCUGGGCCCCCUACUAUAUAUUACAGCUGGCCCACCUCGGGGUGCAGCGGCCCACCUUUGCCUUCCUGUACGCCUACAACAUCGCCAUCAGCAUGGGCUACGCCAACAGCUGCAUCAACCCGUUCAUCUACAUUGUGCUGAGCGAGACAUUUAAGAGGCAAUUCAUCGUGGCCAUCCGUCCAUCCCACAGGGUCUUCAGGGUGGCUCCUGCUCUGGUUGACGGCAGCAUGAUUCUGAGGAUGGCGCAGGACAACUCUCAGCCGUCUCACUCUCAGUCAGACAGGGAGCUGCUUCAGAACAUGCUGCCCGUCACUGUGGCCGUGCACUGAGAUGGACAACUAACUCUUCAAACCACGACCACCAUCACCAACAAAGAGCCACCUGCCACGUCUAACAGCUGUUAUUCCAUUCAGUAAACACCUCUGUUACAUGAAAACAAUGUCCAUUUCAAAAUGUGACUGUGCUGAACUAUAAUGUACAUUUUAUGUGUGCUAUUUCAUAAAGAGCACACUGUGUGAGUAAAAGCCCAAGAUGUUUACAGCGGGUGAACUUAACUGAUAUUAUUGUACCUCUGUAUAAGCUUCUUUGAUGCAUUUUUGAUAUGCACUUGAAAACACCAACAAUCAUUUCAAAAUUGGGCUAAAAGGAGAUUUUUUUUAAUUUGUUUUUAUCAACUACAGCAAAAGUAAGGGCAGUCCAUGCAAAAAUAACAUGCAUUUUAUGCUUCUGCAAACCUCAAAAUAGCAAUUGUUGUGAGCUGAAAUAUGAUUAAUAAAUAUUUGUUAACAGUAUUUAACUAUGAUUAGCUGUUUUAUGUUGCAAUCUGCAAUCAGUAUUGUCGGAUUACAGAAUGUAUUGUGCAUGUCAUUUAUGUUUGUGUAUUAUUUACGU